UUUAUGCCAUACCAAUAAUGGUUUAUUACCGUUUUCACAGCAGUUUACUUUUAUUGGCAUUUCUGGUUUUCAUUAAAGUAAAAUAGUGCAAGAAAACACGAAAUAAAAAAAUCAGUUUUUUUCGCAUCUAUCAUCAGCUAUUUCCAUCAUUCGGCCCUCUGGUUGAUUUAUUAGUAGGAAACUCAGUAUAGUAUAGCUUGGUGUUGGUAAAGAAUUUUCUAGAAAACAGUUGAUAUUUAUUGCGUUGUUUCUCCGAAUCCCAGAAGAAACCUGCCAAUCUAAGGAAGGAAAAAAAACGUCGCGCAACCCAGCAACAAAAAAUCGUCGGGACGAUGCCAGAGUGGGCAGAAGUAAAAAGGGAUAGCAGGCUCGCAAUCGAACCAGCCACGGUGGCAGCAUUGGAGGUCGCUCUAGAAGCUGAACAGGAAACCGAACAAGGCAGUUCAGCCGCAUCCAGUGAGUCUUCGUCACCGUCCAAAAGUCCAUCCUGUCAGGCUAACGGUGCUCAACAGCAACACAUGGAGGAAUUGAAGGAUGCCAGCAUUCAUCAUACGGCAUUGAAGCUGUCCGAAGAUAUCAAAGCUAUGAAAAUCUAUGGCAGUUUAUAUAAGAUGGUGCAGAAGCUCGCGUGUUCACCCGAAGUAGACAAGGACGAUAUGAAGCAUACCCUCGAAGCAGCCAUAAAAGCGAACGGUCUGGAAACCGAAAUUCGCAAUGUUAUCUAUCAUCUGAUUAGGAAUUCCCUCAAAACAGAAACAAAACAAACGGUACCGUCCAGUGAUCCGCUGUACUAUCUACGCCGGGCGGGUGUCCAAUGGGAAAGACGCGUUCGUAAAUCUCUUAACUCCAUGUGCUCCGAAUCGAAAGCUCAGCUUCAAGGACAGACACGUUCCGCAACAGAUCGUGAAGAAUUUCUGACUAAAUGGGACGAACUAAGCAACUACCAGAUCGAUCUGACCAACUAUAGACCGGUGUAUGCUCCGAAAGAUUUACUCGAUGUUCUUCUCUCCCUGAAAGGCCCCGUCAAACAGGACGAAACAGAGUACAGAAAAUAUUUCCGCUUCUCGUCACAACAAAUAGCCAGCAAACUUAAACUUAUCAAAUCGUUUUUCAGUUUUCUUCCCAAGUGGGAAUUUUCGCACAUUUCACUCCCGGUGAAAAAUCUCUUCGAACUGCGAUUGCAUUUCUCUGAACUUCUGCGUAACGAUAACGGCGGUGGCACCGACUGGGCGGUCACAUGUCAGAAGAUUCUCAAGACGCGCCAUGCUCCUCUAUGUCAGCAAGCGCUGAAGAAAGGCAUUACUCCACCUCCCCUGCGGGGACAUCUUUGGGCCUACGUACUUGGCAGCCAGGUGGAAGCGUAUCAUACUGAGCAUUGGGAGGGCUUGAAGCAGUCGGUUCUGACGACGGAGUCCAUAGUGGAUAAACUCGUUUUCAAAGAUGUACAGUUGACGGCAACUAAUGACGAUCGAUAUUUUGUAUUCGAGGAUGUGUUGUAUCAGAUUAUGUUAUGCUUUAGUCGAGAUUCGGAAAUUAGCCAGAUGAUUCAAACGGAGUUUACCAAUUCAGCUAAAGUGAAGCAAUACGAAGGUCCGGCUUGUGGGUUCGUGCCAUUUCAUGGGAUAUGCAUGCUGGCAGCACCGUUCUGUUACUUGUACGAUAAUCCUGUGUCACUAUACUUCACAUUCCGUGCAUUCUAUGUGCGCUAUUGCCAUCGCUUGACAACGAUUAAUACUCAUCCACAGGGAAUAGUUAGUUUAUGCUUGCUGUUCGAAAAGCUUCUCCAAACCCACGAACCUCAACUGUGGUCGCACUUUCGGGAACUGCAAAUUCAACCCAUUCGAGUGGUAUUCAAAUGGCUAAUGCGUGCAUUCAGCGGACAUCUUCCUCCGGAGCAGCUGUUGAUUUUGUGGGAUUUGAUAUUGGGAUAUGAUAGUCUAGAAAUCUUAUCUCUUCUGGCGCUGAUAAUAUUGAGCUUUCGUCGAGAAAGUCUCAUGCAAGUAGUCACACUGGAAAACAUUGAAGCUAUUCUGUCGGAUUUAUCAUCGGUCAAGGUGCUCCCGUUAAUACAACUCACCUUAUCGCGAGACUGAGUGCUAAGGAACUUUUUUAUGUUAGAAAAUGACUGAUGGCGAAAGACCUUGACAGCAUAAACGGUUAUUAUAAUACAACGUUUUGUUACAACCUUCAAAAUGUCAUGGUAGCAACAGAUGAAACCAUAUUCAUGGCUAAUCCAUUUUCAUAUUACAUUUUGAUGGAAAAUUAUUUGUAGGAAAUAUAAAAAAAUCAAAAUGAGCCAUAAUCGCAACUGUAGAAAAUAUAUAUUUAUUGCAAUGAGUUAAAACAGCAAACAUAUUAAAACACCGUGUAUAAUAAUACAUUUGUAAUACAUUAUGCAAUUCUACUAGUUACCUAUAGCCUUCACAAAAUAUUAAAAAUAUAUUA